UCCAUCGUUUGGCACACUGGCCUUCUUCAUCUCGCCAAUGCUACCUUACAUAGCACUAACGAUCCGGAAUGGUGUCUUUAUUUUCUGCUUUGUAUCCGCGGUUAUGAAGGCUUGAAGGGCUUAUUUCCGGUAUCUGCAGUAUCAACAAAGGUUUGCUAUCAAUGA